AUGGACUGGACAAUCCAAGGCCCAACAAGAGCAACAAACGGGCAAACCAUGGCUCAAAAAACGGGGUGGAGGCCUGGAGCACGUCUAAAUGGGGGUGCCUCUUCCAUAAACCGUGGGUCUGGCCAAAGCCAUCGUGGGGCAAUAAGGAAUGGCCGUGGCCUUGGUGCGGCACGGAGUCGGGGCCAGGGCCGUGUUAGGGGGUGGGGCCGUGGGAGGAAGCAAGGUGUUGACAAGUCAGCUGAUGAACUUGACAAGGACUUGGAGAAGCAUCAUGCUGAAGCCAUGCAGACUUAG